AUGCCUGCUCCACUCCGUCUGAUCAUGCUCCCCUUGCUUCUCUUCUCUCUUUUCCAGGCCACGGGUGCGCAACAAUACGUUGGCGACACAAUCCCGAACAGCCUCCCGACUGUGCCUGGCAGCGAGAUUACUUUCUUCAAGGUCAAGGAUCCGGCAGGCAAGAACAACAAUCUGACGUUGAUCAACUAUUACUCGCGCCAACUCAAUGGCCAGUGCAUCGUGGAGAGCCAAAUCCAGCGAGCUGUGGUCAUUAUUCAUGGCCUCAACCAGGACCCGGCAACCUACGAGUCCAACAUGCUCAGUGCUUUGUCACAAAUUUCGGAUCGCAACGUCAACAGAAGCUCCGUGGCUGUAAUGGCUCCCUUCUUUGCCAACGGAGACGACAAGACCGUCGGCUACCCUUGGACCAACGGCUUGUCUCCCGGUCGCGGUUCAACAAGCAACUGCUUGGUCUGGAAGGCAUCUCAGUGGUCUGCUGGCGGCAACAACCAAUACCCGUACACUUCCACCAACACGUCCUCGUACACGGUCCUGGACCAGAUCAUUCAGUACUUCGAUAAUGCUGCGUUUUUCCCGAACAUGAAGCAGAUUGUCAUCGCUGGUCACUCGCUGGGUGCGCAGACCGUUCAGAGGUACGCCGCCAUCGGCCAGCCUGGCAACACUCGCUCGCCGGUCACCUACUGGAUCGCCAACCCCAACAGCUAUGUCUGGCUGAGCACCUCACGCCCGCUUUCCACUGCUGGCUGUCCGAUCUACGACAACUACCGCGAAGGCUUCACCAACUUCACACAAUAUCCGAUGACAUACGGGGUGUCGCUUGUAAACUCGGGCCGUGCAAACAUUCUCGCCAAUUUCAACAGCAAGGCUAUCGCUUACGGUCGUGGAACGCAAGAUCUUGGUGACGAUGCUUCGACCUGCGCACCGGGAACAGCUGGUGCCAAUCGCAACGAGAGGUUCUUCAACUUCAUCGCUGCUUUCCCUCCAUCUUGCUCAGAUCCGGCAGGUCGCAACUGCGACACUAUCGACUUCGUGAACGUCGGACACGAUGCCGGGCAGAUGAUGGCGUCUCCAGCUGGCCAGGCUCGUCUGUUCACCGACAACUUCUACGGUAACGGCAGCCGUUCGUACGAUUUCGGAUACCCUCGACAGACAACUGGCGAUGACCCAUAUCCGAAUCCAGCGCUCAAAGACACAGCUUCGUCCAUCAACAAUGCAACGUACGCCGGCAAUAUGACCUACUGGGGCUGCUGGUCGGAUCAGAAUCCACGUUCACUCCCCAAUCUAUCCUACAACACCAACACCAACACGAUCGAGGGCUGCACCUCCGCUUGCGCCCAAGGAGGCAACACGAUUGCUGGCCUGGAGUUCGGCACUCAAUGCUUCUGUGGCUCCGCUCUUGGAUACAAAGCGACUGAGGUGGUCGAAAGCUCAUGUGCCACUGCCUGUCCUGGUAAUUCAAGCGAAGUAUGUGGUGGUCUGAACCGCCUUUCACUGUUCUCAAAUGGUCGGCCGGUCGUGCAGCCUCAGCCUGGUGCCCCAGAGACAGUCAAUGGCGACUUUUAUGUUGGAUGCUAUACUGAGGCGAGCAGCGGACGGGCGCUGAGCGGCAAGUCGACGUCGGGAAGUUUCAUGUCGCUUGAGUAUUGUGCCAGCUUCUGUGGCGACUUCAAGUACUUAGGCACUGAAUAUGCCAAUGAGUGCUAUUGUGGCAACUCUCUCGCAGUGGGAGCAAGCAUCACAGAUGACAACGAGUGCAGCAUGACCUGCGCGAACAAUCCUACUGAGUUCUGCGGAGCUGGAAACCGGCUCACUGUCUACCAGAACACCACGUGCGUGCCUCCGACUACGACAAACACCGGCGGUACUUCUGGCUCCACUCCGACUAGUGGUGGCAGCUCUGCAUCUGGACCGUUUUGUCCUGCUUCUAACAACACGGUCGUUGCGUCUGGUAGUAAGAACUUCACAGUGGAGUGCGGCAUCGAUCACUUCGGCGGCGAUCUCACUUCUCUCAGCGUCAACAGCUUCCAGACAUGCAUCGAUGCUUGUGCUCAGAAUUCUCAGUGCGUGGACGUCAGCCUCUCGGGAUCUGCUUGUUACCUGAAGUCGUCGUUAGGAAGUGGUGGAGCGAAUGCGGCGAUAUGGGGGGCGAAGUUGAUGAUAUUAGCUGCAACCUCGACAUUCACUUCAACGACAAGCACAAGCACUGGCACUGGCAGGACUUUGGCCACACUACAUACAACAACAGGUGGCACUGCUACUAUGAGUACGAACACUUCUCCGAGCACGCCAACGCCGAUCCAGGUCAAAUGUCCUGACGCCAACAGCACGACCUACACAGCAGCCAACGGCGAGAACUUUCUCAUCGAGUGCGGCAUCGACCAUGCAGGUGGCGAUAUGAGCAGUAAAGGUUUCAACAGCUUCGCCGACUGCAUCGAUCUCUGCGCGACCACGGCGGGCUGUGUGGAUGUCAGCUUUCUCGGAGCGACGUGCUAUCUCAAGUCCACCCUUGGUGCUCCGGUGAAGAAUGUCGUUUGGGGUGCUAAGUUGGUUCUGUCGACGUCGACGUCCACAUCAACAUCGACUACAUCGUCGACGAGCUCGACGUCUUCGACAAGUACAGCCGCUACGUCUCCCACAGCCACCCUUACCCCAACGAUACCUUCGACCACGUCUUCGUCAACGACGUAUACCUCGAGCACCUCAACUUCUGGUACGUCGACAUCCACGAGCACUUCUUCGACUAGUACGUCUACCUCGAGCACCUUAACCUCGAGCACUUCAUCGGCCACCAGCACGUCCACCUCGAGCACGUCUACUUCCAGCACUUUUACGUCAACCACUUCUACUGCUACAUCCACCAGUACCUCCUCCACCAGCACCUCCACCUCCUCCACCAGCACAAUAUCCACCAGCACAACCACAACCCCACCCACCUCAACAGCCCUCCCCUCCGGCUUCACCCCCCUCGGCUGCUUCAUCGACAACAACCCCUCCCGCGCCCUCUCCAACUCCAACGGCACCUCCUCCAAGCAAACCCCUCAACAAUGCGCCCUCGCCUGCCGCGCCAAAGGCUACGCUUACAGCGGCACCGAAUACGCCUCGGAAUGCUGGUGCGGCAACUCCGAGCCCACCACCCAGGCUCCGGCAACUGCAUGCAGUAUGAAAUGCUCCGGCGAUCCCACGCAGCUCUGCGGAGCCGGUAAUCGAUUGAGUGUAGUGUUGGACACCACGUUCAAGCAGACCUUCUUCGCCGAACCAAGCUACAAGACCUGGAACCUGAUGGGCUGCUACGUCGACAGCACGUCCGCUCGAGUACUAGAAAGCGGCGUCUCGCUAGCUGCGUUCGGCGGUGGCAGCAACGCAACGAUCGGCAACUGCAUGGACGCCUGCGCAGCGAAAGGGUACAGUUACUGCGGCGAGGAGUACUACUCCGAGUGCUAUGGUGGCGGGACGGCGCCGGGGGUGGGUUCGUUGGCGAGUGGGGUUGAUGCGUUGGCGGCGGGGUGUGGUUUUCCUUGUAAGGGGAAUAGUAGCCAGGCUUGUGGGGGGAGUAAUCGGAUUUUGGUGUAUGUGAAUAAUGGCACCGGGGUGUAG